AUGCCGCGAUCGAAGCUGGCCACGCUCGGCAAAGCACAGGCGGCACUGAGCCGUCGCGGACGCGAGACCUUCUCCUUCCGCUUCGACGUCGAGAUUGGUAACGUCGCAGGCCUCGAGGCGCUCGAGGGCUCCGCAGUCGCAUUAGCGCGCGCCACCAAAGUGGUGACCACCCGCGCGCUUCCCGUCGGCGGCGGCGGCGUGGUCGCCUUUGGGCAGAGCCUCUCGACGGUGGCGACGCUCUAUGCGUCCAAGAAGCUGUCUCGCUCCUUCUCGGAGAAGAACUUUCGCCUCUCGCUCGUCGUCGCCGCGGGCGGAGCCAAAAAGAAGGAGCUCGCCCACGCCGACGUCAACCUCGCCGGCCUCGCGACGCGGGGCGGCCCGCCGGCAAGAACAGAGCAGCUUGUGCGGCUCGGGUCCAAGGCGGAGCUCGCCCUCGCACCGCGCGGCAUCGGUGCGGCUGCAGACGACGAGUCGGCCGGCGACGAGAGCGAGCGGCUCGGCCAGAUGCGCUCGAUGCGCUCGGCGAUGGUGUCUCGCCAGCUGAAGCGCGCGGGCGGGAGCGAGGCCGAGGUGCGAGAGGGGAGGCUGGCACAGCUUCGGGCAGCGAAGGCGGAGCGGGAGCGGCGGCGUGCGCUCGGGCUCGACCCGUUCGUCGGUGGGGAGGAGGAGCCGGCGGCCGGCGGGGGCGCUGCCAAGGCUCCGCCGCCGCCGCCGUCGCGCGUCGCAAACCCGUUUGGGGAGGAGGAGGAGGAGGAGGAGGAGGAGUACGAGCGGCCGUUUGGGCUCUCGAGCCGGCUGUCGGAGGAGGAGACGCACGAGGGCGGCUGGAUCGACACGCCGCCAAAGCCGAGCGGUGGCGGGCCGGCGGCCACGCGAAGCACGUUUGACGCGAAGCCAGAGGAGGAGGAGGAGGAGGAGGAGGAGGAGGCGCCUGCGCCGUCGGCCGAAGUGUCGCAGGCGCCGUUCCAGCGUGCCGUGGCGGCGGAGACAGACGGCGCCGCGCGACACUUCCAGGCGGAGGAGGGGGAGGGCUGCAGCCCGGAGGUUGCCACCUCGGGGUACAGCUCGUCCUCGUCCGCCCCGUGCGACGCCUCGUGGUCUCGCGACACGACGGCCGAGGACGAGCUGCACACGGCAAGGAGCGGCCAGGCCGAGGCAGAGGCGCAGCUCGCCGAGGCAGAGGCGCAGCUCGUCCAGCUGCGCGACGAGGCGAAGCAGACUGCGGACGGCUACACGGCGGCGGAGGCGGCGGCGGAGGAGGCGCGCGCGCGAGCGAGCGAGCUCGAGCUGCUGCUCGGCGAGGGCGGCGCCCCCGAGGCGAUGGAGCUGGCUGCGCUGCGCGCGUCGCUGCGCGAGGCGCAGGCCGAGGUUGCGAGGCUGUCCAGGGAGAGGGAGCAGCUGGGCGCCGAAAAGGCGGCGGCGGAGGCGGCGGCGGCGGCGGCGGCCGCGGAAGCAGCAGAGGAGGUCGCCGCGCUCCGAGUGUUUGGGGAGGAGCAGCAGGAGCUCGCACGGCGGGCGGCGGCGGAGAACGGCGUCGCCGCCUCUCUCGGCCGCGCCAAGGGCGAGAAGACGCCGCGCGAGCGGAUGGCUGAGGCGGAGGCGGACGCCACCGCCGCCUCGCUCCGGGCCGACAAGGCUGAGGCGGCGGCCGCAGCAGCAGUCGCGGCGGCUGCAGCAGCGGCCGCGGCGCAGGCGGUGGCCGAGGCGGCCGCGGCCGAGUCGAGCUCGCGCGCGGACGCCGCCGAGCGGAGGCAAGCCGAUGUGGAGGCGGAGUCGGCCGCCGCCGCCGCCACCGCGGCGGCGGCGGGGACGGCGGCAGGGACGGCGGCGGCGGCGGCGGCGGCGGCGGCGGCGGCGGCCGAGUCGCGAGCCUCUGCGGCCGAGAAGGAGAAGGAGGAGGCGGAGAGGCGGCUGAGCGCUCUGGCGGAGGCGGUGCAGCGCGCUGUUCGAGGUGGGGAGAGCGAGUCGGACGGCGGGGAGGGCGGCGGCGGGGAGGGAGCAGUCGAGCUGCGGGACGGCGAGCUGACUGAGCUUGUCAGCCGGCUGGAGGCGCUGUCGGCUGCGGCGGUCGUGGGCGCCGCCGACGUCCGCCACUGGCAGGCGGAGGCGGAGCGUGCGCAGGCGGAGGCGGAGCGUGCGCAGGCGGAGGCGGAGCGUGCGCAGGCGGAGGCGGAGGAGCAACGGGAGCGAGCCGCGACGGCCGAGGCGGCAGCUGACUCCGCAGCGGCCGGGGCCGCGGCCGGGGCGGCGGCUGGGGCGGCGGCCGAGGCGGCGGCCGCCGAGGCGGCUGCGGCGAAGGAGGCGGCCGAGGUGGCUGCAGCGGAAGCGGCGGAGGCGGCGGAGGCGGCCCUGGAGGAGGCGGCCGCAGAGGCGGCGGAGGAGCGGCGAAGGGCGGAGGCGGCGGAGGCGGCGCUGGAGGAGGCGGAGGCUGCGCUGGUGGCGGCGCAGGCGGCGCAGGCGGCGCAGGCGGCGCAGGCGGCGCAGGCGGCGCAGGCGGCGCAGGCGGAGGAAGCAGCACAGGCGAGGCAACCGGCGGCGCAGCCGGCAGAGGCUUCGCGGGAGGAGGCGGCUGCAGAGGCUGCUGCGAGCGGGGAGGAGACGCUUUCCCCUCCGCGCGGGGUCCGUGGUCUCUCCGACCUCGCGGCGCGGCUCGAGCAGGCGGGCGGGCUCGACGACGCGUCCAACUCCGAGGGGGAGGAGGGCGCGUCGGAGGGGGGCGACACGGCGGACGAGGAGGAGUCCGCGGACGGGGAGGAGGGCGGGCGGGGGGGCGGCGCUGCUGGGGCGGGGCGCAGCGGGGCGGACUUCCUCACAAAGGCCACCGACGAUUUGUGGGCGGCUGCCGUCAUCAGCCGCGCCGCUCGCAACUGGCUGAUUGGGUUCCGCCGCCGGCUGGCCGAGGCGCUGGUGAUGGCCAAGCUGCGGAUUGCGGAGCUCGAGUUCGAGGCGGACGAGGCGCGAGGAAAGUCGCGUCGGCUCGCGGCGCAGCUCGAGGCUGCGAGCAGCGCCGGCGGCGCCGAGGCGCUGCAGCGGACCAACCAGCUCGAGGCGGCGUUGGCCGAGGCGGAGGCGGACAACGCGAAGCUGCGGCGCGAUCGGCUGGCGAUGCUGACCAACGGAAAGGCGAGGAGCGGCUGAGCCUUGUUUCGCAUCGUUCGGGAGGCAGUGGCGUAUUUUGUCCAGACGCGCCCGUGCUGUGUGGGCCCCGGGCCGGGGUGUCGCGGGAUUCUCUCUUCACUUCUCUCUUCUCACGGCUCGUGACGACGCACCGGGUGCAGCACACCACGCCAAGCCGAGCGACCAUGUGCGCGCGCGCUGUGCACACCGCACUCAUCAUUCUCAUCUUGUGUAACACUUCUCGCAUGCGAAAUUGAAUGUUGAAAACG